GCAACAACUUCUUGCUUGCAGUUACAGACAACUAUCGGGAGGAAAGGACAGCGGGAUGUGACGCCAAGUGUGAGUUAAUGAAUUUACGCCUCUGCUCCUGCAGGAGCGAGCCCGGUCUGUAUCUCCCUAGUUGAUGGAUGCCCAUUAAUACACCUGCAUUCACGUCUCGGCCGUGGGUAGGCACGCAGGGAUUCAGUGCGGCGCAGCACAGUUUUGCCAAGUCCUUUCCAAACGUCAAUACCCUUCAAGUCACACCCAAAGGAGAGCGAUUUUUCUGGAUUUCCGAGCGUACCGAUGACCGAGGCGGUUUUUCUGCCAGGAACCUUCUACCUUUCUGUAUGUGCCUGCGUGUGUGUGUGUGUGUCUGUGUAUACAUAUCUAUCUCCUAGAGAGGGAUUAAUUAACCGGGUUUGAGCUGAAAGAGGCUGCAGUGACGAGCCCAGUGGCGAUUGGCCGCCCGCCUGCCUGGCCCUGCCUUUAUAAUUUCCACACGAGUGCAUCUGGGCUCUUAUACAAACCAACAGCCAGCUUCUUCUGACAUACACACACACACGGCACUUUUUUCCACCAUCUGAUUAACCACCCAGCAUACACACAGUGAUUACUACGGGAAAACAUAAAUAAAUACGAAGAGGUUUUAUUAUUUUGACUACUGGAAGCCUCACUGUGUCUCAGUGCAACUUUUGUUUUUCUUGCUUCUGGGGAAGGUGCAGCUCUCAAUGCUUUCCUCUCACUCACGGACCCUUUAAAAAAAGGGGGAGGAAAAAUAUCGCCCCCUCCAGUCCCCCACCCGCUCCCCCCCCGCCCCCCCCCCUCCUCUCGCCACACACACUUCAAGACGGCUGAUCUAAAAAAGCAGGAAGAGAGCAUCUGAGGAGCAGCAGCCCCAGCACAUUUUGAAAAACAUUUGUUACAUUUCAGAGUGCGGCAGCCUGUUUCUCCUCUGAAGUUGGCUCCAGCCUUAGCAGCCGCAUUGGAUCCCACAGCCUAUUGCGAGACUCCGGUAUACAAUCCGGAUCUCUGCCCCAACAUGAUCGCGGCCCAGGCCAAGCUGGUGUAUCAUCUGAAUAAAUACUACAACGAGAAAUGUCAAGCCAGGAAAGCUGCCAUCGCCAAAACAAUCCGAGAAGUCUGCAAAGUGGUGUCGGACGUGCUGAAGGAGGUGGAGGUGCAGGAGCCUCGCUUCAUCAGUUCCUUGAAUGAGAUGGACAAUCGCUACGAGGGGUUGGAAGUCAUCUCCCCCACGGAGUUUGAAGUCGUGCUGUAUCUGAACCAGAUGGGGGUUUUCAACUUCGUGGACGACGGCUCCUUGCCGGGCUGUGCUGUGUUAAAGUUAAGCGACGGGCGCAAGAGGAGUAUGUCCCUCUGGGUGGAGUUCAUCACGGCGUCUGGCUACCUCUCCGCUCGCAAAAUCCGGUCCAGAUUUCAGACUCUGGUGGCUCAAGCCGUGGAUAAGUGCAGUUACAGAGACGUGGUAAAGAUGGUGGCGGACACCAGCGAAGUGAAGCUGAGAAUCAGGGAUAGAUAUGUCGUGCAGAUCACUCCGGCGUUCAAAUGCACCGGGAUCUGGCCGCGGAGUGCUGCCCACUGGCCGCUUCCUCACAUCCCCUGGCCAGGACCCAACAGGGUAGCGGAGGUCAAGGCGGAAGGCUUCAACCUCUUAUCCAAGGAGUGCCACUCUCUGGCCGGCAAGCAGAGCUCGGCCGAGAGCGAUGCCUGGGUGUUGCAGUUCGCAGAAGCCGAGAAUAGACUGCAGAUGGGCGGCUGCAGGAAGAAAUGCCUCUCUAUCCUCAAAACCUUGCGGGACCGGCACCUGGAGCUGCCGGGCCAGCCCCUGAAUAAUUAUCACAUGAAGACUCUGGUUUCAUACGAAUGCGAAAAGCACCCCCGCGAGUCGGACUGGGACGAGUCGUGCCUGGGGGACCGGCUCAACGGGAUUUUACUCCAGCUCAUCUCCUGCCUCCAGUGCAGGAGGUGCCCGCACUACUUCUUGCCCAACUUAGACCUCUUUCAGGGCAAACCUCACUCGGCUCUGGAAAAUGCGGCCAAACAAACGUGGCGACUGGCUAGGGAAAUACUUACCAACCCGAAAAGUUUGGAGAAACUUUAGAGGGUAACUGUAACAACAGCCUGACCGAAGUCUGCUUUUUUCCCGAUAAAAUUUAAGAAGCCUGUUCGAAAAGUCAAAUAUUUCCACUCGACAAUGCAAAUAAUAUUAUAUCUC